AUGGAGGCAGAAGAUAUUUCAAAGAAUGAAGACAGAGUGGACGAUCCACAUUGCAAAAACAAGAACCAGCCUCAUGUUGCUCAGCCCAAAGAAUUAUCACCCGAAGGGCAGUUUCCCAGCCCCAUGGCUCUUUGGGAGAAGCUAGAAGAAAGGUUUCUGGAGUAUAAAGAGUUGACCCAUAGGAACCCAAGUGAAAGUCAGAAGAAUCUGUUGAGUCUUCUCCCACUGUUUCUAAAGGCCUGGGAACACUCUGUGGGAAUCAUCAAUUUCCCAAGUCUUCAAGAGCUUGCAGAAGACGUUUCCAAUCAGUUUGCUCAGGAAAUUCAGAAGGCUCUUGAGGGAAAGCCUGCAGAGCAAGCACGAGUGGCCACAGAGCAGCUAUUGCAGUGGACGGGGAACUCAGAUCAUGUUGGCUACCUACUCCUGAAGUCAGUGUAUGUGCUCAUGGGCACAGACUUGGAGACACUGUACAAAAUUACUGACUCUGGGCUCCCAGGCCUGCUUCUGCAGUGCCUCUAUCUCUUCUUUGUCUUUCCUCUGAACAAAGAGGAGAUCUUUGAGAGUGAUAUUCAAGUUCAGAGGUUGUUUGUACAGAUGUUGCUGAACAUUUGCAGCGAGUCUCGGGGGCUGGAGGGUUUUCUCUCGGGGAAUGAGCUUCAGUCUCUCAUGAUUGCCACUACCUGUCUUCGGGAGCACAGCUGCUGUUUUUGGAAAGAGCCUACUUUCUGUGUGCUGAGAGCAAUUUCCAAGGCCCAGAACCCAGACAUCAUCAAAUACUUGCAUGCCAAGGACUGUGUUAAGAUCUCCUUGCAGAACCUCUCCAAGCUUGCAGAUACUCUUCCUGCUCCUGACGGGAGCGAGGCUGUGAAUCUCAUCUUGACUUUUGUGAAGGAUUCCUACCCCAUCUCCUCUGCUUUAUUCUUUGAAUUUGAGAAUGGAGAGGGCUACCCUGUGCUGCUCAAAGUGUUACUUCGGUAUGAGGAGCUAAAUGAGAGCGAAGAGGACCCUCACUUGGAGGAGCUGCUUGGGCUGGUGUUGUGGUUGACAACCUGUGGGAGUACAGAACUGAACGUGUUUGACAGCAUCACUUACCCACAGCUGGAGGGCUUCAAGCUUCAUCAAGAGACUUCCGGGGUGAGUGUUAAGAAUCUUCAGGCCUUCCAAGUCCUGCAGAAUGUUUUUCAUAGAGCCUACAAUUCUGCUCUCUGUACCAAGGUCUUGUUGGCCAUUAAGACUAUGUGGGACUGGAAUGCCCGCAACUUCUUCCUGUUGGAGUGGACACUGCAGCCCAUCUCACAGUUUGUGGAACUUGUGCCCAUGAAGCCAGUGCCAGUGCAGAAAGUCUUCUUCCAGCUGCUGGAGGCCCUCGUGUUUGAGCUGUGUUAUGUGCCCCAUGAGAUUCUGUGGAAGGUGCAGCACCUAGUCAAGGAGAAUCCUGAUCUACCCUGCAGCCUUGUAGCCUUGCAGAGCAUCAUCAGGAUUGUGGGCAGGGACCUGCUUUUCACCGACAUCUUCCGGGACUCAGGACUUCUGGGAUUGUUGUUGGCCCAGCUGCGGAAACAGGCCAAGAUCCUGAGGAAGUCAGGAAGUAUGGAGUCCACACCUGGCAUUCAGGAUCCAGAAAAAGACCUCACCUAUGUGAUGCUGAGAACUGUGGACACGCUCCUGAAAGGCUCAAUACGGAAUGCUGUUGUCCUGAAAGAUCAUGGCAUGGUGCCCUUCAUCAAGAUCUUUCUGGAUAAUGAGUGCUACCGGGGACCCUCUCUCAGCAUUUUGGAGCAGCUGUCAGUGAUCAACUCGGAGGAAUAUAUGAGCAUAAUCGUGGGUGCUUUGUGUUCGUCCACACAAGGGGAGCUUCUGCUGAAACUGGAUCUGUUGAAGUCUCUACUCCGGAUCCUAGAGACUCCCAAAGGCCGUGCUGCUUUCCGUGUGUCCAGUGGGUUCAAUGGGCUGCUGUCCCUGCUUUCUGACCUGGAGGGAUCUCUCAUGGAGCCUUCACUGCAGACACUGUCCCCUAGUCAGAUUCUGGACCUUGUUCUGCACACACUCUGUGCCUUAUCUGCAGCAAUGCACCUGGACCCUGUCAACAGUGACUUCUUCAAGAGGAAUGGACUCCAUGAAAAGCUGGCUGAGGAUCUCUGCUUACUGGGCUGUUUUGGGUCUCUAGAAGAAAAAGGAACACCACUGCAAUCCUGGGCUGACAUAAAGGCAAGGCCACUGACUGAUUUGCUGAGUGUGGCAAUUUCCUCUACCAGCACCUUUCCACUCAAGAUAAAGAGCUGUCUUCGGAUCCUUGGCUUUCUUAAUAGUAUGGCCAAUGGCACCUUGCACAGGGAUCUGAAGGAGUCCCUGAGGGAUGAGCAGGAGCUAACAGCAAAUAUUCAGGAAGAAGAAGCAAGCAGUGACCCCCAAGGAAACAUCAGGCAGUGGCCAGACCAGGAGGAAAGAACAGAAGAAGGUGGUGCUGUUAUCACUCACCCUGGGAUCCUCUGUAUCAUGGUGAGGAUGCUGCCUCGGCUGUACCAUGAAGAUCAUCCCCAGCUCUCCAAGGAGAUCCAGUGUUCCUUGGUCAGUCACAUCCAGUCCCUAGUGAAAUCAGAGAAGAACCGUCAGAUCAUGUGUGAAGCAGGGAUGCUCAGGAUACUCAUGACCUCCUGCCAAACAGCCUUGACUACGCCCAGUAGCCCUUUGCAUUUGGGCCUCAUCAGGAUUUUUGAAAAGCUUGCAUCCCAAGCUAUUGAACCAGAAGUGCUAAGACAGUUCCUACGUCUUGGUUUCUCUUCACCUGCAAGGAGUACAAUGAAAAUCUCCACUUCACCUCAUGCUCAUGGAGGAGAUUCCAAAGGCUCAGGAUCACAGAUAGCUGCACUAGAGACUGUGGAAGGUCCUGUGGGAGCCCCUUUGAAUGCCAGCCCCUGGACUACAGUUACUUCAGCUCCGGUCUCCUCCAAAGAAGGCCCAGGCUCCACUGUUGCUCUCCAGAUGGCCCUGAGCCUAAUUUCCAUGGCCUCCCCACGCAACUUGCAGCCACAGAGGGCAGUCCUGGCUCCAUCAUUUGUGGAAUUUGACAUGGCCAUGGAAGGUUAUGGAUGUUUGUUUAUCCCCAACCUGUCUAUGGUUAUGGGAGCUAGCACCGAGUACUCAGUCUCUGGAGGAAUUGGGACAGGUGAUGCUAGAUCAUUCCCUCCACCAGUGGGCCUGACCUUCUCCUGCUGGUUCCUGAUUGGCAGGCACAGCACAGCCCUCCAUGGCCACCCACUGCGCUUUCUCAGCCUUGUGCGUCACAUGGCCAGGACUGAGCAGUCCUUUGUGUGCUUCUCUGUUAGCCUCUGCCCAGAAGACCUCUCCCUGGUUGUGUCUACAGAAGAGAAGGUGUUUCAGCCCCUAGAUGUUAUGGAACCUGAGGAUGACCUUGAGCCUUCUGCAGGACGCCAUCUUCGUGUCAGGUGUGGCCAGCUGCUCACUUGUGAUCAGUGGCAUCAUCUGGCUGUAGUGAUUACCAAAGAAGUUAAAAGGAAUUGUACUGUUUCCACCUAUCUAGAUGGCCAAGUUAUUGGCUCAGCCAAGAUGUUAUACAUUCAAGCUUUGCCAGGAUCUUUUCUCUCAAUGGAUCCCUCUUCAUUUGUGGACGUUUAUGGGUAUAUUGCUACCCCUCGAAUUUGGAAACAAAAGUCAUCUUUAAUGUGGCGUCUUGGGCCCACGUAUCUCUUUGAAGAAGCCAUUUCAAUGGAGACACUGGAAGUUAUUUACAGACUUGGCCCCAGGUACUGUGGUAACUUCCAAGCUGUACAUAUCCAAGGAGAGGAUCCCAUAUUAGGAAGGACAGCCCUGGUUGCCAAAGAAAAGGUUUCCUUUGGCCUUCACGUAGCCAGCUCCUCCAUCACCAAUCUUGCAGACAUCAGAAGCACUUACAAUGAGGUAGACAGCCGCCUGAUUGCCAAAGAGAUGAACAUUUCAUCCCGUGACAAUGCCAUGCCCGUGUUCUUGCUCAGAAAUUGUGCUGGCCACCUCUCAGGUUCCCUGCGGACCAUUGGUGCAGUGGCUGUGGGCCAUUUAGGGGUGAGGAUGUUCCAUGCUUGCCCUGCUGCCAGCAGCCUGGACUUCAUCGGUGGGCCCACCAUCCUCCUGGGCCUCAUUUCCUUAGCUACAGAUGAACACACUAUGUAUGCAGCUGUCAAAGUCUUGUACUUGGUUCUGACCAGCAAUUCUAUGAGUGACCAUUUGAUGCAGCACAUUUCUGGAUACCAGAUAAUGGCCUUUCUCCUGAGGAAGAAGACUUUUCUCCUAAACCAUCGCAUUUUCCAACUAAUCCUCUCCAUUGCUGGCACUGUAGAGUUGGGUUUUGGGUCAUCAGCUACUACCAAUGUUGGGGUCUUCAAGCAUAUACUCUGCAAUUUUGAGCUCUGGAUGAAUACUGCUGAUAACCUAGAACUCGCCCUCCUUUCCCAUCUUGCUGAAAUCCUUCAAUCACCAAGAGAAGGACCUCGAAAUGCUGAAAUUGCGCAUCAGGUACAGCUUAUACCCAAGCUCAUCUUUCUCUUCAAUGAGCCAGGCCUCACACCCUCCAAGAUCUCCACCAUUGUUGCUAUCCUAGGCUGCCAGCUGAGGGGUCAUUUCAGCAUCCAAGACUUACUCAGAAUUGGACUAUUUGUUGUAUACACCCUGACGCCUUCAUCGGUGAAUGAAAGGCAGAUCUGCAUGGAUGGAGACCUGGACCUCACUGUGCCUGCUGGAAGCCAAACAUCUGGAAAAACAAUCUGGCUUCGAAAUCAGUUGCUCGAGAUGAUGCUCAAUGUAAUAUCAUCCUCCCAACUUCAUUUAUCCUCUGAGUCAAAGGAAGAGCUCUUCCUACACCUGGGUCCCGAUUGGUUCCUGUUACUUCUGCAGGGUCACCUGCAUUCCAGCACCACUGUGUUGGGGAUGACACUGCUGUUGCACUUUUUAUCCAUCCUUUCCCUGCGUGUGCGGUUCAAAGAUGGCCUGUCGGUAGGAUCCUGGGUGGAACACAGCUUCAAGGAUGUUGACCUUAUGAUGGAUAACCUGAAGAGCUCAACUCUCAGACCUGACCAGAACCCGUGCCUGCUUCCUGGGUUCAGAGUCUUGAAUGACUUUCUCGCCUACCACGUUCAUAUUCCGGAAGUCUACCUCAUUGUGUCUGCCUUCUUCUUACAGACACCACUUACAGAGCUGACGGAUGGGCCCAAAGACAGUCUGGAUACCAUGUUCCAGUGGCUCCUUCAACGGCACAACAGGGAAGAAGUCCUCCGAGUAGGUCUAUGCGUGGAAGGUGCCCUAAUGUUCCUAGAAAUGGUAAAAGCCAUCAUGAACCAGCCCUCCACAGAGUCUGAAGCCUGGGAACAUACAUUCCCAACCAGUGUGCUACAAUUCCUCGGACUGGUGCACAGAACCUAUCCCAAGGACCCAACUUGGCGAACCCCAGAAUUCCUCCAGACAUUGGCUGCAGUCACCUUUCCUUUGAGAACCUCUAAGGGAUCCAUAACAGAAUCCACCCAGAAUACUAGCAGUCUGGAGGCCAACACUGAAGGAGAUCCCAUGUUGGAGGAUCUCCAGGCUUCUGCCAAGUCACAUCCCAUCUGGAAGCAGUUGAGGGAAUUCACACAGCUACUCCUGAAGGAGAUCUUGCUUGUGACUCCUGGCCCCAAGCAGUGGUUACCAUUGGAAGUGCUCCUGGAGGCUUCUCCAUGCAAUGCUACCAGCCAACAGAAGCGAGACUUCCAAUCUGACAUCCUGCUUGCCACUAUGGAAAUAUUUCAUGUUAUGGGUGAAGGAGAUUCACCAAUGCUUAGAGGCAGUAAUGAACCUCAGUUGAAUGAAGAAGCUGCUGGUCCUUCUCUUGCAGACAUCUCCCACUUUACUCAAAAAUUGGUGGAAAAGCUCUAUAGUGGAAUGUUCUCAGCAGACCCCAAACACAUCCUUCUCUUCAUCACAGAGCACAUCAUGGUGGUCAUCGAGAAUGCCUCUUCUCAAAGGGAUGCUGUCAUCAGUGCUUUAUACAGCAGUUUAAAUAAAGUCAUACUUUAUUGCCUUUCCAAGCCUCAGCAGUCCCUUUAUGAAUGCCUCAACCUUUUCAGCAUCCUGGUAUUUCUCCAGGAACACUGGGACAUCAUCUUUGCCACUUAUAAUUCCAACACAAAUUUCCUCUUGUGUAUCAUGCAUUGUCUUUUGCUGCUCAACUCAAGAAGUUUUCCAGAAGGAUUUGGAUUGGAUCCCAAGCCAAGAAUGACUCCUUAUCAUCAAGUAUUUCUUUUUCCAAAUGAAGAAAUCAGAGAUGAAACAGGGGAAGACCUUCCGAGUUUGAGUGAUGUCCAGCACAACAUCCAAAAGAUGGCGCAGACUCUAUGGCGACAGUUCAUGGCACAGAGGCGACAGGAACUAGAGAACAACUUUAAGAUGGAUCUCUUUGUGAAACCUGGAGAGAGUGAAGUGAAAAUUGAAGAUAUCACUCCACUAUGGGAGGAGACGAUGUUCAAGGCCUGGCAGCAUUAUCUAGCAUCUGGGAAGAAGGCACUGACCAGUCGUUUGAAUGCUGGACACCAGAGCAAAGUCAUUAUGCGGAGUGAAAGCUUAUCUUCAGCCAUGAGGCUGAGGCUGGGCCGGCAGGCCAAGGACUCCGAGAGCAAGACGGAGGAUUUUGUGUCUUGUAUUGAGGACAAUAGAAGAAGAGGACAAGAGCUCUAUGCAUCUCUAUAUAAAGAUCAUGUACAGAGGCGGAAAUGUGAAGAAAUCAAGGCAGCUAAAGGCUGGAGCAAGAUCCAGGAGCAGCUUUUUGGGGAGCUGGGAUUGUGGGGCCAGAAGGCAGAAGCCACACUCUGCUCCGGGUGGGAACUGGAUUGGCGAGAAGGACCUGCUCGCAUGAGGAAACGCAUUAGACGUCUGUCUCCACAUGAUGCUCUGGGUGCAGGAAGGCUCAAGGAGAGCCAAGUAAGAAGUAGUUCUUUUUCUCAAACACAGGAGAGAAAUCAAGAUGAGCUUAACCCAAAGGAAGCUGGAGGUGAGAUUGAUGAGGUGGCCGUGGACUGCACCCAGUUGACCUUCUUCCCUGUCUUACAUGAAAGUCUGCAUUCAGAAGAUUUCUUGGAACAAUGUCUGGAAAGACAAGUUAUUUUACAAGAGCUACUUGAUCAUGAAAAGGUGACACAGAUAUACUCCCUGGUGAUUGUGAAGGGCCACUUAGUCUUUGAAGGUGUCCUGCUCUUUGGCCAACAGAGCUUCUACAUAUGUGAGAACUUCACACUGUCUCCAGUGGGUGAUGUCUACUGCACCCGUCACUGCCUGUCCAACAUCAGCGAUCCAUUCAUUUUCAACAUGUGCAGCAAAGACAGGUCUUCCAACCUUUACUCUUGCCAGCGACACAGCUAUGGUGACCUCAGGGAGCUUCGGCAGGCUCAGUUCCUUCUCCAGGACAUUGCUCUGGAGCUCUUUUUCCAAAAUGGAUAUUCCAAGUUCCUUGUCUUCCAUAACAAUGAUAGAAGCAAGGCCUUCAAAAGUUUCUGCUCUUUCCAACCCAACUUAAAAGGAAAAGGCACCACAGAGGAUCCCCUCCAUCUAAGGAAAAACCCAGAUUCUGAUAGGACCAUGUUGCAGAGGUGGCAGAAAAGGGACAUAAGUAACUUUGAGUACCUUAUGUACCUUAACACCUUGGCUGGGAGGACCUACAAUGACUACAUGCAGUAUCCCGUGUUUCCCUGGAUCCUGGCUGACUACACCUCCCAGACUCUGAACUUGACAAAUCCCAAGACUUUCCGGGAUCUUUCAAAGCCCAUGGGGGCUCAGACCAAGGAAAGGAAACAGAAAUUUAUCCAGAGAUUUAAAGAAGUUGAGAAGACUGAAGGAGAUAUGACUGUCCAGUGCCAUUAUUGUACUCACUACUCCUCAGCCAUCAUUGUUGCCUCCUACCUGGUUCGAAUGCCACCCUUCACCCAGGCCUUCUGCUCUUUACAGGGUGGAAGCUUUGAUGUGGCAGAUAGAAUGUUCCAUAGCAUAAAGAACACAUGGGAGUCAGCCUCCAGAGAGAACAUGAGUGACGUCCGGGAGCUAACACCAGAGUUCUUCUACCUGCCUGAGUUCCUAACAAACUGCAAUGGGGUAGAGUUUGGCUGCAUGCAGGAUGGAACAGCACUGGGGGAUGUACAACUUCCUCCCUGGGCUGAUGGGGACCCUGGGAAAUUCAUCAGCCUGCACAGACAGGCUCUGGAAAGUGACUUUGUCAGCUCCAACCUCCACCAUUGGAUCGACCUCAUUUUUGGAUAUAAGCAGCAGGGCUCAGCCUCAGUGGAGGCUAUUAACACCUUCCAUCCCUACUUCUAUGGCAACAAAAUAGACCUCAAGAGUAUCAGCGAUCCUCUGAUCAGGAACACCAUCUUGGGAUUUGUCAGCAACUUUGGGCAGGUGCCCAAACAGCUCUUCACAAAACCCCACCCAGCCAGGACUGUGACGGGGAAGCCAGCACCCGGAAAGGACAUCUCUAUGCCUGCUGGUCUGCCCGGCCAUCAGCAGCCAUUCUUUUACAGCUUGCAGUCACUGAGACCUUCUCAGGUCACUGUCAAAGAUAUGUACCUUUUCUCUUUAGGCUCUGAGUCUCCCAAAGGAGCCAUUGGCCACAUCAUCCCUACUGAGAAGAGUGUUCUGGCUGUGGAAAGAAAUAAGGUGCUGCUGCCUCCUCUCUGGAACUGGACACUCAGCUGGGGCUUUGAUGACUUCAGCUGCUGCCUUGGGAACUAUGGCUCAGACAAGAUCCUGAUGACAUUUGAGAAUCUUGCUGCAUGGGGCCAAUGUCUGUGUGCUGUGUGCCCAUCUCCCACAAUGAUCAUCACCUCAGGGACCAGUGCAGUGGUGUGUGUGUGGGAGCUCAGUCUGGCCAAAGGAUGCCCCAGAGGCCUAUGCCUUAAGCAGGCCUUGUAUGGACACACACAGGCUGUCACAUGUCUGGCAGCAUCAGUUCCCUUUAGCCUCCUGGUGAGUGGCUCCCAAGACUGCAGCUGCAUCCUGUGGGACCUAGAUCACCUCACCUAUGUGGCCCGCCUGCCCUCACACCGGGAGGGCAUAUCUGCCAUUGCCAUCAGUGAUAUUUCGGGCACCAUUGUCUCCUGUGCAGGAGCCCACUUGUCACUCUGGAAUGUCAAUGGGCUCCCUCUAGCCAGCAUUACCACAGCCUGGGGCCCAGAAGGAUCCAUAACUUGCUGCUGUGUGAUAGAGGAACCAUCAUGGAAAAUGGGUCAUGUCAUCAUCACUGGAAGUCAAGAUGGCAUGGUUCGGAUAUGGAAGAUGGAAGAUUUGAAGCUGUCUGUUCCAGUGCCAGCAUCACUGGAGGAGCCCUCAUCCCUGUCUCCUAACCCAAGAGGUCACAGGUGGGAAAAGAAUCUUGCCCUAUGCCAGGAGCUGGACGUUAGUGUUGCUUUGACAGGGAAACCCAGCAAGACCAGCUCUGCAGUGACAGCACUGGCCGUGUCCAGAAACCAGACUAAACUCCUGGUUGGUGAUGAGAAAGGAAGAAUCUUCUGCUGGUCUGCAGAAGGCUAGAAGGACAGAGACACACACUUCUGCUUCUUAAAGCCCUAGAUCCUGGACCGCUGGCCAUCAGCUCUCCAGGCACCACGGACUCCAGGGUUUGCCUACACAGAGGAUAAGAUGCACAACAGGCCUAAGUGCAGAAUGCUGAUGACUUAUGGCUACUUUGCUAAAUAGGAGAUUACAUAUCCCUCACUUUUCAAAGGGCUAUGGCACC